UCUCAAACCCUACGCCAAACCUGCUUCACUUUCUCAACUUCGCCACUUUCUCUCUCUCAUACUUCCCUAAACCCCCGGAGAAAAUCGACGACAACGGAGGCCUUCUUAUCUCAUGCAUCCGGCAAAGGACAACAACGGACAACGGUGAAAGAAGAUAAUGUCUCAGAGCUUUAAGUUGACGGACAACGAGGUAGGAGAGAGAUCGAAGAACAACACCGCCCUACGAAGUCAACGAGCUAUCAUUGUGAGUUGCAAACACCUCAGUGUGACAUCGUGGCCGUGAUCCACCGCCGUUGUCUCUGUUGUAACCCAAAAUCAUCGUAUCUAAUUGCGGCGAUUCACACGCCGUCCUUUGCCGUAAAGGCGUCGUAAUUCCUCUAUCUUUCGAUCAUAAGGGAGGAUUUGAUGAAUAUGAAAGAAUUGAAGUGGCUUGGAAUCAAGUUAAGCUAACAGAUUACCUUCAAAAAAAAAAGUUAAGCUUACAGAUUUUCUGCAAAGACCUGAAGAUCUCGAAAGGCUUUACAGUGAAAUUCAUCUGAAUAUGAAGUUUUGCACUUCUUGGGUUGACAUUACCAACAUGAACAGACGCUAGAUUUUGGGACAAAAGAUGAUUUUGGUUCACCAGAACUUACACUCACUAAAGCUUACGAUUGUACAAUAAGCAUCAUGUCUUAGUGAUUUUGUAGGACAUAUAAUGUUUUCAUUGUAGCUGCUUAUAAUUUAUAUAUAUCACCAAUGUGGUUCAUGAUCAUCGUGGUUUUGACUAUAAUAAGUUACAAGAUAGUUAGCAGCAUGUUUGUGGCGGUGAAUGAUUACAAGGCAGUUGAAAAGAUGAAGGAAAUAUUCGAGGAGGAUAUGAGGAGGGAGGCGGUGGAGCUGGGUCAGCUGACGGAGGAGCAACUCAGGGAAUACGACGGGCCAGACCCGAAGAAGCCUCUAUUGAUGGCAAUGAAGGGUAAUAUAUAUGAUGUUUCAAGGGGUAGGAUAUUUUACGGGCCUGGCGGGUCUUAUGCUAUGUUUGAUGGGAGGGAUGCUACUCGAGCUUUGGCCCUCAUGUCUUUUGAUCCUCAGGAUCUUACUGCCAACACUGAUGGUCUUAGUGAAUCUGAGCUUGAUGUUCUUCAAAAUUGGGAGCUUAAGUUUCAAGAGAACCCCAAAAUCGGUGUUCAUGGAGGCCAGCAGCAGUUGCAGGAGGAGGUUGUAGAAACUAAAAAUGUUGUAUAGGUUACUCCUUCCAAUUUCCAAUUUUCUUUAUUUCAUGUUUGAUGAUUAUAAACACUUAAUGUCAGAGAAGACCUAUUAUUAAUCAAGUAGCUUUUGAUGAUA